AUGCUGACACUAGGACUCUCCCUGCUCGAGCUGUUGCUAGUCAACUCGACGCUUAUUUUUGAUGGUAAUAUCAUCUGCCAUCGUGGACAAUUCAACUACGCUCGCGACCAUCAACCCUCUAUUAUUUUCAUGGACGAAAUCGACGCUAUCGGUAGCAGACGUCUUUCAGAAGAAAUCUCUGCUGAUUGUGGAAUCCAAAGUACUCUGAUGGAAUUGCUCAAUCAAAUGGGCGACUUCGACACGCUCGGAAAGGUGAAAAUGAUCAUGGCGACGAACAGACCUGACACGCUGGAUCCUGCACUUUUGCGACCCGCACUGCCAAAUGAACAAGUUCGACUUGACAUUUUUCGACUUGACAUUUUGAAGAUUCACUCGCAUCCACUCGCUUCUCACGGAGGAAUUGACUUCAAGGCGGUUGUCAAGCUCUCGGAUACAUUUAAUGGAGCUGAUUUGCGAAACGUUUGUACAGAAGCAGACAGUUUUGUAAUGGUGAAAUUGUUGACCGAUCUCAAAGUAGGAGAAAUUCGUAAAGAGCUUGCUUCGGUGCAAGAAAGUACGAGGGGCAAGAAAGCUGAACUUCUCCAAAGAUUAUCCGACUUUUUGACAGUCAAUGGCUUUGAUCCCGAUACCUACGAUUUUGCUGCUCAUUCUCCGAUGCCGGUAUCUGACGGCGAAGGAGAACUUCACAUUGUCGAAUCUUCUGCGACAGACGCAGAAGACCAUGAAGUCCAAGAAAUUCACGAUGGAACCUUGAGAGUGGCAGUUUUCGAGUCGAAGGAGGAAGCUGACAGCCAAUGUGAUAAUCUCCAAAAUGGUGUUAAAUUCGUGCACAAGCCCCACCGGUCGUUUUUACGACUAUUGCGAUCAAAAGGGGUCCCUAAACGCGAAAAAGAUUGGAAAUUUUGGGAGACUUCAGCAAUAGGGGUUGUUCUUCAGCCAAUUUUUGGUUUGGAUGGCUUUUCCGAUUACGACUUCGCGGUUGUCGAGGAAAUAAGAAAAACUCGAGAUGGGCUCCAGUUAAGACAUUGCAUAGAGAGAUUAGACUUGUUCUAUUCUCUAAACAUAACACCAGAUGAGAAUGGGGCUGUCUUAGGUGAUGAGUACAUACACACCAUCGACAAACUUCUCUGUGCAGAAAAGAAGCGAUUUUGUCUUCCCCAGCGCCACGAACUUACUUCAUUUAUUUAUACACCAAAAAGCAAAUGGAAGAGAAAAGAAAAAAAAGAAGUUAAAUUGUACGUCUCGCCUGAUAACUACCCCAUUCUCGAAUGGAAAGAUUUCCAGUCCAUCGCUGAAUGUUUCAUCACCAAAAAACAUCGGUACUACAAACUUUACAUGAAAGAACGAAGCAAAAUGACGAAUGGAGUUUUCCGGAAACAUAUACGACAAUCAGCAAGUGAUUUUCAUGCCCGAUAUGGUGAUAUAACAGCAAGAUCCCAUCUUGUGCAAAUUGAUAAUAUUGAUGAUUUUGAAAAUGCGACUCGAAUCGCCCAAGAGGGCGCGAUAGCUGAGGGAGAUGGAGAUAUCAGCCUUGCAAUCGAAAAAUACGCCGAAGCAAUCGCCUUGGAUCCGACGAACAAGGUCUACUUCGGUUAUCGAUCGGACGCGCUCCUCCAACAAGAGCAGUUCCCCGAAGCUCUUAGUGACGCGGUGAAAGCAAUUGAACUUGAGCCCACAUGGCCAAAAGGCUACGCCUUGAAAGGGCAGAUUUUGAUGGCAACAAAGAAAUUUGAGGAGGCAAAAGUCGAGUUCGGAAUGAUGAAAAAGUUCGAUGAAUCUCCUGACGAAGCUAUCGAAUGGUUAAGUAUCUGCCAGCAAGAAGAGGAAAAGGAAUGUGCUCAUCGUGAACGAACUGAAGAAAGCGUCAAUCAAGCUACGUUGAAAAGAAAGCAAAAGGAGCAAGAGAUCGCUUCGGCAGAAGAUGAACAGCCUGCGCUCGAAGUAAAACGAAACGAGUAUCGAGAAAAAACUGGUGUCGUCUUGGAGAAAGUCAGCAAAAAGCCUGUUCGGCGCAGAAAGCGUUUGUUGAGCAGUGACGAGGAAGACGCAGCGGCUAGUUCAAGCGAUGAGAAGAAGAAGAAACAACGAGACUCGGAUGAAGAGCCACCUGUUCUAUCGCCUUUCAAUCCCAAGCACAAUAAUACAGAAGUCACUGAAGACGAUUCGUCUUCCGAUGAGGAUUUCAACGCAAAGGCCGAUGUACAACAGCAAGCGAUGCUUUCGUCGAUCAGUGGUAAAGAAGCCGGACCACCAAAGCCACAGAAAGACACUUUGGUUAGUUCAAGCGAUGAAGCAUCUACUGAUAUUGCGGCUCCAGAGCCGGUGGUCGCUGCUUUGGAUGAUCAGAAGAUCGCUGAAAUGCGUGCAAAGAUCUGGGAGUCGAACGAAAAGCUCAAAUUGCUGGGCGCUAGAAUCCAGAAGUUCGAUAAUAAGAGCGUUAACAGGAUGAGGGCCUUCAUUCACGACCUGGAAGAUGAAUUUAAAACGGUCAGAGUUGCAUCGCUGAAUUCUCUUUGCACCUUAGCCGCUAAAGAGUCCACUGGAGAUUUCGCCAAGCAGUCGAUGGACUACAUGGUAGACAUGCUCAACGAUGAAUUGGAAAUUGUUCGCCUGAAUGCGAUUAAUAACUGCGUAAAACUGGCUUCGCGAGUUCCUGUUUUGCUGGAAGAUCAGAAUGUGAAUAAUUUCUACCCAUCGAUUACUGUCCUGCUGCCGUCUUCUGUCCAAAAAUGCCUGAAUCGAACAGUAGAAGAGCUCAUCCGAAGUCUUCAAAAGUUCCCCGAGGAUCAAUCAUCCAUUUACGAAGCUGUUUGCUGCCUGUUAAAUGCCGACGUCCCUCUUCAUGCACAACAAUUGUUGGCUUACAAGAUCCAGAGCCCAUUAGAAAAAGAAGCUGUCCGAGGCCUGGAUCUGUUGGAAAUCUGCGUUCGAUCCUCUGGAAAACUCUUUCACAAUGAAAUCGGAAAAUAUAGAUUUUUAAAUGAACUUAUCCGCGUUGUCUCUCCCAAAUAUCUUGGACCAAGUUUAGACCAAAUAAAGAUUGCUGAUGCGUAUUCAAUGCUCAAGAAACAAGGCAUCGUCAAGAAGGACCCGAAAUUCGACGACAGAAGAUUUCUCCCUACUCCUCAACCAAAAGAAAGGUGCGCAUUAAUAAGAGACGAUGCUGAGGAAAAGCGACUGGCGGAACUUCUUGCGUCCAAGAAUCCAGAAGACAUCGCCCUGGCAAAUGAAAUGAUCAAAACCAUGUACGAGCAAGACAGUAAAAAGACCGAGCGAGAGGCGCGCAAAAUGCUUUUGAUGACAGAAGCGAAGGAAAAUACAUGCUCAUGGAUGAUAUGA